AUGGAGGCCAGUGCCGGGCUAGUCGCAGGUUCCCACAAUAGGAACGAGCUCGUGGUCAUCCGGCGGGAUGGCGAAUCUGGCGUACGCCUCCCCUCUCCCCUUGGGUUGAUUUCCGACGAGAUUUCUCCGGCUGAUUCAUGCCUCUUCCUUUCUUUCUGAACUGUAGGGUUUUCUGAACAUCUGACGAGCUUUCUUCUCUUCUCGUGGCAGCCGAAGCCGCUGAAUAAUCUGAGCGGGCAAAUCUGUCAGAUAUGCGGGGACGACGUCGGGCUCACCGCCGAGGGGGAGCUCUUCGUCGCCUGCAACGAGUGCGCCUUCCCUGUCUGCCGAACUUGCUACGAUUACGAGCGCCGCGAGGGUAGCCAAGUCUGCCCCCAGUGCAAGACCAGGUUCAAGCGUCUCAAAGGUGACUCCCUCCACUCUUUCUCCUCUCACCCUCUUCAUCCUAGAGAAUAAGAUAUGGUUUAGAAAGAGGAGGAAGCCCCCCCUUUCGUCUCCUCCAUCUGUUUCCUGAGGACGCCAUUCCUUAUUACAGGGUGCGCUCGGGUCGAUGGGGAUGAGGAAGAAGAUGACAUCGAUGACGUCGAUAACGAGUUCAAUUUCGGUGGGAGGGAAAAGCACGACAUGCAGUACCUUGCGGAGGCAAUGUUGCAAGGUCACAUGAGCUAUGGCCGCGCAGGGGAUGUCGAUACGGCUCAAGUCGUCCACACAUCGCCUCAAGUCCUCUUGCUCACCAAUGGCGAGAUGGUACCUUCCUGAUCUCUCUGCUAACUAGCUUCCUGGAUUUAUGGUGUCCUCACUGGAGAUAAGCCCAGUCCUUUAUCAAUCCUCCAUGCUGAUGGCUUAAUCUCUGCGCUGCGAGUUAUCACCAUUAAUCACGGUCUUGCCUGCUGCGGUACUUGGUUGCAGGUGGACGACAUUCCCCCUGAGCAGCAUGCUCUGGUUCCUUCUUUCAUGGGCGGCGGAGGGAAGAGGAUCCAUCCCCUUCCUUUCGCGGAUCCAAGCUUUUCAGGUGCGUGUGGGUGAAUUUUUCAAGGAACAGGAUCGCGCUUUCUGUUUCUGAACUUUGCUGAAGUAAUGCUCUUCUCCUUGCAGUGCAACCAAGAUCGAUGGACCCCUCAAAGGACCUAGCCGCGUAUGGGUAUGGAAGUGUUGCUUGGAAGGCGAGGAUGGAGAGCUGGAGGCAGAGGCAGGAAAAGCUGCUGCUGAUGAAGAACGAAAACGGUGGCAAGGACUUUGACAAUGACGGCGAUCCUGAUCUGCCUCUGUAAGGCAUUUAAUCCCUCCUCCUCUAAUAAUCAUUUAUCCAUAUGAGUUUCAAUUCUGAUGCCCUCUCCUGCUCAAUUUGGUGCUUUGAUAUCCUCAUUCCGACAUUCAUCAGUUUCUUGGCCCCAUAAUUAUUACCCGUACCUAAUAAUUCUUGCAAAAAGAAGCGCUCAAACUUUGGGGUCUGCUUCAAAUAUUCUAGCUUUUUUGCUCCAAGUUCGUCUCCUUCUCGAAGGGUAUUUCAUCACUCAACUGAUAGGACCCUGAAUAGAGAAAAGACCCUUUGCGGAAAAAUCCUUCUGUUUCAAUGCACGCAGUUUUAGCGUGGUGCUGUGGGUUUAUCUCUUUUCUGAGGAUGGAGAUGCAGCUGACUGACGAUCCUGUUCCUGCCUGGACCAGUAUGGACGAAGGGAGACAGCCGCUGUCCAGGAAGCUGCCCAUCCCCUCCAGCCGGAUAAACCCGUACAGGUUGGUCAUCAUCAUACGGCUGGUGGUCGUCGGGUUCUUCUUCCACUACCGGGUGACGCACCCUGUGAACGAUGCCUAUGUGCUGUGGCUCAUCUCUGUGAUAUGUGAAAUCUGGUUUGCCAUAUCCUGGAUACUCGACCAGUUCCCCAAGUGGCUCCCAAUUGAGAGGGAAACCUACCUGGACAGAUUAUCUCUGAGGUACCCCACCAACCUGCUCCUCAACCCCGACUCAUGGCGGCAGCAUCUCUUCUAAUUCCCCCCCUCUUGCUGCCCACGCAGGUAUGAGAAGGAGGGCCAGCCCUCUCAACUGUCAUCUGUGGACAUCUUCGUGAGCACGGUGGAUCCCCUCAAGGAGCCACCGCUGGUGACAGCAAACACGGUGCUGUCAAUCCUUGCUGUUGAUUAUCCAGUGGACAAGGUCUCAUGCUAUGUCUCAGAUGAUGGUGCCGCCAUGCUUACCUUCGAGGCCUUAUCCGAGACCUCCGAGUUCGCUAAGAAGUGGGUCCCCUUCUGCAAGAAGUUCAACAUCGAGCCCCGGGCUCCGGAGUGGUACUUCCAGCAGAAGAUUGAUUAUCUCAAGGAUAAGGUCCUGCCUUCCUUUGUCAAGGAGCGGAGAGCGAUGAAGGUGCAGUACAGUAGCCUCUUUCUUCUUCUUGUGGCUCCUUCUCACUCUCCUUUAUUUUAUGAUCUUUCUUGUGCUUUGGUUGGGUGCAGAGGGAGUACGAGGAGUUCAAGGUCCGCAUCAAUGCACUGGUUGCAAAGGCUCAGAAAGUUCCAGAAGAGGGCUGGACAAUGCAGGAUGGCACCCCCUGGCCUGGAAACAAUGUCCGGGACCAUCCGGGCAUGAUUCAGGUGACCACAACUUGCUGCCCGGCCUUAUUUCUGCAUAAAAUCUUUGUUUUCUUUUCUUUUUCUUUUUUGGGCUGUUCAUAACAAUUUGACCCAUUUUCUGCAUAAAACUCCAGGUUUUCUUGGGCCAGAGCGGUGGGCAUGACACGGACGGGAAUGAACUGCCUCGCCUAGUCUAUGUCUCUAGGGAGAAGAGGCCGGGCUUCAACCACCACAAGAAGGCCGGCGCCAUGAAUGCCUUGGUAUGAAUCUUCUUCUUGGGUCGACCAACCGACCGAGAUCUUCUUCCUCUUAGCAAAGGUUUGAUUGAAUGAUCAACUCGAGCUUUCUUCAUGCAAGCAGGUCCGGGUCUCAGCCGUCCUCACCAAUGCGCCCUGCCUAUUGAACCUGGACUGCGAUCAUUACAUCAACAACAGCAAGGCCCUGCGGGAGGCGAUGUGCUUCAUGAUGGACCCACUGCUGGAGAAGAAGGUCUGCUACGUGCAGUUCCCGCAGAGGUUUGACGGCAUUGACAGACACGACCGAUAUGCCAACCGGAACAUCGUGUUCUUCGAUGUGAGGAUUCCAGACAUCCCCUCCCACCCCCCCUCCUCGGGCCCGUUUACUGCGGGCCGCAGCCUGAUGGAUGGGUGUUGGUUAGAACUGAUCUGUUUCUCGUUUGUGACAGAUUAAUAUGAAGGGGCUGGACGGGAUCCAAGGACCCAUCUACGUCGGCACAGGGUGCGUGUUCAGGAGGCAGGCGCUUUAUGGGUUCGACGCGCCGAAGACCAAGAAGCCGCCGAGCAGGACCUGCAACUGCUGGCCGAGGUGGUGCUGCUGCUGCUUCAGCUGCUGCAUGGGGAAAAGGAAGAAGUCCUCCAAGGGCAAGCAAGAGAAGAAGAAGAAGAAGAAGACCAAGAGGAACGAGGCGCCCGUUUUCGCACUGGAGGGCAUCGAGGAAGGCAGAGGUACGGACCGCUGCCCGUUGCGGGUUGACUUCAGUCUUGUGUUUCUUUUGUUACUACUUGAGCUGUAAAACCGUCGAGUCAACACCCGCAGUUGUGGAGGCCGAGAAGGCAGCAGCCUUCAUGGUGUCCGACCACAAAUUGGAGAAAAAGUUCGGGCAGUCCCCCGUCUUCGUAAAGUCAACCCUCCUGGAGGACGGCGGGACGAUCAAGAAUGCCACUCCGGCAUCCCUCCUGAAGGAGGCCAUUCACGUCAUCAGCUGCGGCUACGAGGACAAGACGGACUGGGGGAAGGAGGUGAGUAAGACUCGCCCAGCUUCCGGCGGCUCCUCGCUGAAGAUCGUCGUAAUGUCCUGCCACGGUUGGAUGAUGACGACGAUUCAUUCCUCUGGUGAUUGCAGGUAGGAUGGAUCUACGGCUCUGUGACAGAGGACAUCUUGACGGGGUUCAAGAUGCACUGCCACGGGUGGCGGUCGAUAUACUGCGUGCCGUCGAGGCCGGCGUUCAAAGGGUCGGCGCCGCUGAACCUCUCCGACCGGCUGCACCAGGUGCUCCGGUGGGCUCUCGGGUCGGUGGAGAUCUUCCUGAGCAAGCACUGCCCCCUCUGGUACGGCUACGGCGGCGGCCUCAAGUGGCUGGAGCGGCUAUCCUACAUCAACGCCACCGUCUACCCCUUCACGUCGUUCCCGCUGCUGGCCUACUGCACCCUGCCGGCAAUCUGCCUACUCACCGGGAAGUUCAUCACUCCAGAAGUAAUUUCAUCACCAUGAUUUUUCGUCGCUGCAAUUGCUCGUUGUCUAAUACCGGCCGGCAGCCGCCUUCGUUUUUUGAUGACCUUUCUUUGUUGGUGGCGCAGCUGAGCAACGUGGCGAGCUUGUGGUUUCUGUCGCUCUUCAUCUGCAUCUUCGCGACGGGGAUACUGGAGAUGCGGUGGAGCGGGGUGGGGCUGGACGAGUGGUGGAGGAAUGAGCAGUUCUGGGUCAUCGGCGGCGUCUCGGCGCACCUGUUCGCGGUGUUCCAGGGCCUACUGAAGGUGCUCGCCGGCAUCGACACCAACUUCACGGUCACGUCCAAGGCCGGCGACGACGAACAGUUCGCGGAGCUGUACGCGUUCAAGUGGACGACGCUACUUAUCCCGCCGACGACGCUGCUGCUGAUCAACAUCAUCGGCGUGGUCGCCGGCGUCUCCAACGCGAUCAACAACGGGUACGAGUCGUGGGGGCCGCUCUUCGGCCGACUCUUCUUCGCCUUCUGGGUGAUCGUCCACCUCUACCCCUUCCUCAAGGGCCUCCUCGGGCGGCAGAACCGCACGCCGACGAUCAUCAUCGUGUGGUCGAUCCUCCUGGCCUCCAUCUUCUCCCUGCUCUGGGUCAGGAUCGACCCCUUCCUGCCCAGGUCCGACGGCCCCCUGCUGGAGGAGUGCGGCCUCGACUGCAACUAG